AUGUUUUCUUUUCGUUUGUGGUCGAAAGGAAGGUACUCGACGGCCGCUUCAGCGGUUGCUGCUGGUACCUUCUUUUUUCGUCGCUCACAGCCUUCGAAUGAACAAGAAGAUAUACGAAACUCGUUACAUUAUGCCGCAUGCUCUCCAUUGAAAUCCAUGAUAAAAAAAACGUGGCCUUCUAUUCAAAAAGACAAUGCCUACCGAAAUUCCUUCAUACGUUUUGCUAAAUGUGAUUCUCCAGAUGCUAUUCUUAUACGGUUUUUAAAGUCUUGCCAAAUGGAUCCUGACCAGGCUAGUCUGAAGUUGCUUAACAGUUUGAAAUGGCGCAUUGAAUCUAACGUUGACGAAGUAGUAGAACACGGUGAAUUGUUUGCCAAAGAAACUAACGAUGAACAAUUUAUAAGGCAACUUCGUACUGGAAAAGUUACUAUGCUUGGCAGAGAUCUCAAAGACCGCCCGAUCUGUUAUAUACGUGCGCAUUUACAUCAACCAUCAAAGGAGACGCAAAAAUCAUUGAGAGAAAUGACAAUUUGGGCUAUGGAAACCAUUCGUCUCUUUCUACACUCUCAACCUACCCUACAAGCAUCGAUAGAUGACCCGCAAAAUGUUAACGUUUUGUUUGACCUGAGUAAGUUCUCUCUUAGCAAUAUGGAUUAUUCCUUUGUGAAAUAUUUGUCCUCUUGUUUGGAAUUAUACUAUCCUGAAUCCCUAGGUGUUUGUAUCUUGCACAAAUCACCAUGGAUUUUUCGAAGUAUAUGGAACAUUAUAAAAGGAUGGAUUAAGCCAGAAAUCAGAGAAAAAAUCGUUUUCACUCAAAACUCAAAAGACCUGGAAAAUUAUAUUGAUCGCAGUGUGAUCCCUGCUAGCUUGGGAGGAGAUAGUCAACAUACAUAUCAAUAUGUCGAGCCAAAAGAGAAUGAAAAUGAGCUUGUUAAUGAACAUAGCUACGAAAAGAAAGCUGCACUUGACCGUUAUUAUGCAUACUAUAAUGAAUGGGAACAACAAUCGUUGCACUGGGCCCAAACAAGAAACGACGAUGCUGUAAAUGAGAAACUACGCAUAAAUUGCGACAUUGCAGGCACAAACUUUUCGAAAGAGUAUUGGCGUGUUGACAAAUAUCUUCGAGCAAGAACUGUAUAUGAUCGUUUAGGAUUGCUGACGGACAAAUUGGUAUAG